AUGGAGUGCUUUGCUGACCACAGUUUCUUGGAGGAAUUAUUAGCUCUAAGAAGUGAACCCAUUUGGGAAGCAGUUUCCAUUACCGACGAGUUCUGUAACAACGGCGGCUGGAGUAGUAAUAAUACUACCAAUUUGCCUAAUUUUGCUCCAAAUUCAUCCAUGGAAAGUUAUUUCACCCUGCCCACCAGCAAAAUUGAGCAGAACCAGAGCCUGAAUUACUGUUCUUUGUUCACAGAGUGUUAUAAUUACGGCCCAUUUGGAGAUGAAUUGUCAUCUCCGCCGGAUUUGAUGGAUUCCACUUACGCCACCAACAAGCUUGAGAACCCGCCGUUUCCUUCGCCGGGAGAUUUGUCGUCCAUCGUCGGAGAUGAGAUUACUCAGGCCGCCGGCUUGCUCAUCAGGAAUUCCCUUCCCGAUUUCGAAAUCCCAGAUGUUAAAACAUGCGGAAUUGAGCUCAAGGAGUACUCUGAGUCUCCGCCGUUAAUUCCGUCCACCGCAAACCAGGCGGCGGCGGCGGCGCAGCCAGUUUUCGACAUGGGUAUUCCGCCGGAAAGGGAGGGUAAAACGAGGAAACCCAAUAAUGGGCAGCCGUCAAAGAACCUCAUGGCUGAAAGAAGGCGGAGGAAACGCCUCAAUGAUCGGCUCUCCAUGCUCAGAUCAGUUGUUCCAAAAAUAAGCAAGAUGGACAGAACAGCAAUUCUGGGCGAUACAAUCGAUUAUAUGAAAGAGCUUCUUGAAAGAAUCAAAGGUCUACAGGAAGAAGAAAAGGGUGUGGGGUCAAAUCAUGAUGAACCAAGUUUGAUGAGCAUCUUCAAGGAUGUGAAGCCCAAUGAAGUUUUAGUACGAAAUUCACCCAAGUUUAACGUGGAGAAAAGCAAUAGGGAAACAAGAAUAGAGAUAUGUUGUGCAGGAAAGCCUGGCCUUUUGCUGUCAACAUUGACUACUCUAGAUGCUUUAGGACUUGAGCUUCAACAGUGUGUCAUCAGUUGCUUUAACGAUUUUACCCUCCAUGCUUCCUGUUCUUCUGAGGAAAUGGAGAGAAUGGGAAUAUUGAGUUCGGAGGAUAUUAAACAGGCACUUUUUAGAAAUGCUGGAUAUGGAGGACGAUGUUUUUAG